AUGGAGAACUUCUUUGGCAACCAGCCCUCCCAGAAGGAGCUGCAGCGCCGCCACUCCAACCAGCGCAACCAGAGACGCCAGGCCAACCAUGCCCUGAAUCAGCAGAACCACCAGAACCACCAGAACCAGUCGCAGCUCCAGUACUCGCCCGUCGCCCCAGCCAACCAGGACACCCCCAUGGCCAACACCCCCAUGGCCGGCGCCGACUCCCUCGACGAUAUCAUCAGGAACAACUCCUUUCAGAUCCACAACAGACGACGCAGCCUGCCCAAGCAGUUCCCGCCUCCCCUGCCCCAAGCUGAAGUCGACCGCAGAAUGUCCGUCAUGGACUUUGGCAACGGAGACAACUCCUUUAGGGACUAUCAGUUUAGCGGCACCAUGCCCAACUCUCCCGCCGAUGCCGUCGGCCCCGGCUUGUUGAACCUCAAUACCAACAUGGCCAUGGUAUCCUCUGGCGCCUUUUCGCCCCAGAACAUGCUCACCAACGCUUUCCCUACGCUUUCGCCCGAGAUGAUGGGCAACAUGAUCGCUCUAUCCAACAUGAACAUGAGCCAGAUGGGCGCCGACCCCUCCAUGGGCAUGUUCACCUCGUCCACCCUGCUUAGCACCUUCGCGCCUAAUCCCAUGGACGGCCUGCAGACCGACUACAGUAUGGGUGUGUCGGGUGAUGGCAACAGCAUGGGUGGUGUUAUGGAGAACCGAGGUGGAUCUGCUGCUAUGACCAUGGACAACACCGCCGAUACCAACAUGAUGAAUACACCUUCCGAGUUCGCGGCAUCGCCCCAGCCUAAUCAACAGCAGGCUAGUCUGGGGGUUGACUCGGGCAUGAGCAACCUCUCAUCCAGCAUUUCACCCCAACCGUCAACCCACCUAGCAUAUCAGUCGCCUGUCCCGACCACUGAAUCGACACCAGAGGGCACCAGCUCACAGCCGCAGAACCUGGGGCCCGCCCCAACCCAGGGUCCCGCGCCCGAGAAAGCAAAGUCAAUAUAUUCCAAAAGUGGGUUUGAUAUGAUGAGAGCGCUUUGGCUUGUGGCCACACGGAAGAACCCCCAGGUCAACCUCGGUGCGGUUGACAUGUCCUGUGCCUUUGUCGUUUGUGACGUGACUAUGAACGACUGUCCCAUUAUCUAUGUUUCGGACAAUUUCCAGAACUUGACCGGUUACAGUCAGCAUGACACCGUGGGACAGAACUGCCGCUUUCUCCAGGCCCCGGAUGGCAACGUAGAAGCCGGGACGAAGAGAGAGUUUGUCGACAACGGUGCCGUGUACAACCUGAAGCGGACGAUUGCCGAGGGCAAAGAGGUACAGCAAAGCCUGAUCAACUACCGGAAAGGCGGCAAGCCGUUCCUCAACCUACUCACCAUGAUCCCCAUAACCUGGGAUACUUCCGAGAUCCGAUACAUCAUCGGCUUCCAGAUCGACCUGGUGGAAUGUCCGGAUGCCAUCGCGUCAUCGCAGGGCCCCGGCACCAUGAAGGUCAACUACAAGCACAGCGACAUUGGCCAGUACAUCUGGACACCCCCGGCUUCCAGCCAAUGGGAGCCAGAGAACGGCCAGACGCUGGCAGUCGACGACGUCUCGGCUCUACUACAACAAUUCAGCCCCAAAGGCGCCGUCUCGGACUGGCACAGACAGUCAUGGGAUAAGAUGCUCCUGGAGAAUGCUGAUGAUGUGGUUCAUGUUCUCUCGCUCAAGGGCUUGUUUCUCUACCUGUCACCUUCUUGCAGGCGCAUACUGGAAUACGAUGCUGCGGAGCUCGUCGGGAACUCCAUCUCGUCGAUAUGCCACCCAUCUGAUAUCGUCCCGGUCACGCGCGAGCUCAAAGACACCACCACUGGGAACACGGUCAACAUAGUGUUCCGCAUCCGGAGGAAGCAGAGUGGGUACACCUGGUUCGAGAGCCACGGCUCGCUGUUCGUAGAGCAGGGCAAGGGCCGGAAAUGCAUCAUCCUCAUAGGGCGCAAGCGACCUGUGUUUGCGCUGAGUCGCCGCGAGCUCGAGGCAAACGGUGGCAUUGGCGACAGCGAGCUCUGGACGAAGCUCUCCACCUCGGGCAUGUUCCUCUUUGUUUCUGCCAACGUCCGAUCCCUGUUGGACCUGCAGCCAGAGAACCUCGUUGGAACGAGCAUACAGGAGUUGAUGCGCAAGGAGUCACGUCCGGAGUUCGGUCGUACUAUCGAGAAGGCACGCAGGGGGCGGACCGUGACCUGCAAGCACGAGGUUCAGAACCGGCGUGGCCAGGUGCUUCAGGCGUACACCAUCUUGUACCCAGGUGACGCCUCCGAGGGACAGAAGCCAACGUUCUUGCUUGCGCAGACCAAGCUGCUCAAGGCGUCGUCUCGAGCUAUCGCACCUGCAGCAUCGCCCCUCGCCAGUCGGCAAGGAUCCGCCGGCCACCCGUCGAACGAGUCCAGGCCCGUGGCCCAUUCUAACAUGAUGCAGGGCAGCCAGACGCCGGACGAGCAGCAGCAGUCCGGCGUUGCUGGCGUUGUGUCUGCGGCUGGGGGCGGCAGUCUGGGUCCAGGGAACCAGGAUAGGGCGCUCGCUUCCGAUGAUAACAUCUUCGACGAGCUGAAGACUACGAGGUGUACCAGCUGGCAGUACGAGUUGCGGCAGAUGGAGAAGGUGAACCGCGUUCUGGCCGAGGAGUUGCACGGCCUGUUGUCGAACAAGAAGAAGCGUAAGCGUAGAAAGGGGGUCGGCAACGUUGCUCGUGACUGCGCCAACUGCCACACUCGUAACACGCCCGAGUGGCGGCGAGGGCCGAGUGGCCAGAGGGAUCUGUGCAACAGCUGCGGCCUUAGGUGGGCCAAGCAGACGGGCAGAGUAUCUCCACGGACUUCUUCUCGUGGGGGCAAUGGCGACACGGCAAGUAAGAAAUCCGCCUCGCCUGUGCAUGCGUCCUCGUUGCAGCGCGAGGUCUCUACUGGCGAAAUCAGCGAGCAACCGCCCGAGAGCGACACCAACACAACUCCGAACCGGUCUUCGACUACCCCCAGCGGGGUUCCCAGCAGUGGGAGCACGGGGACCACGCCAACCAAUCCCAAGGCGUUCUCGAUGCCCCCGCCAAGCCAGCCCCUAUUAGAGGGCGGUGUUGGCGGUAAUGAGAUGACAGCCAUCCAAGAAGAGCGCGAGGUGAUUUAG